AUGGCAGGUGAACGUCUCAGCUCGAUCCUCAAGCACUUGACUCCCGGCUCGUCCGGCGUGAAUGCAAUCACUUCCAAGAAUGCCGACGAUAUUGUUAUUACUCUCGCCAUCCGGACGCCCUUAACCAAAGCCUUCAAGGGAGGAUUCAAGGACACGCAGCUGGACUUUUUGGCCUACUCCCUGCUGCAGAAGGUGAUCGAGAAAUCGAAUAUCGACCCCAAACUAGUCGAAGAUAUUUGCUGUGGAAAUGUGUCCGAUGGUAAAUCUGCAUAUCUCGUCCGAGCAGCGGCUCUUGCAGCCGGCUUCCCAAAUACCACCGCUGCCUCGACCGUGAACCGCUUCUGCUCCUCCGGCCUGAAAGCUACCCAAGAUAUCGCGAACCAAAUCUCAUCCGGCAAUAUCGAUAUUGGCAUUGCCAUGGGCGCUGAAAUGAUGUCCGCCGGUGGCGACCGUCUCGAGCUACCUUUCCACCCAGAUGUCCUCAAGAACCAAGAGGCGGCAGAUUGCAUGCAGCCUAUGGGACAGACAUCCGAGAACGUGGGCAAGGAUUUCAACAUCCCCCGAGAACAACAAGACAGAUUCGCCGCCGAGAGCUACCAGCGCGCAGAGAGAGCCCAGAAAGCUGGGUGGUUCGACGACGAGAUAGUACCUAUCACCACUGAAGUUAAGGACCCAAAGACCGGCGAGGUGAAGAGGGUUACUUUGACGAAGGAUGAGGGUGUGCGAUAUGGAACCACAUUCGAGUCAUUGAGCAAGAUCCGACCCGCAUUCCCAGAUUUUGGCGAUAAGUCCACCGGUGGCAACUCCAGCCAGGUCACAGAUGGAGCCGCCGCAGUUCUCCUAAUGCGUCGCUCCCGCGCUAUCGAGCUCGGCCAGCCCAUCCUAGCCAAAUACGUGGGCGCCACCGUCGCCGGCCUCGCUCCACGCAUCAUGGGAAUCGGCCCCUCAAUUGCUAUUCCUAAACUCCUCUCCAAAUACAACAUCACCAUCGAUGACAUCGACGUUAUCGAAGUCAAUGAGGCAUUUGCAUCAAUGGCUGUGUACUGCAAGGAUACUCUAAAGCUGCCACACGAGAAGAUGAACCCUCGCGGCGGUGCUAUUGCGCUUGGCCAUCCGCUCGGUGCCACAGGUACGAGACAGAUUGUUACAGGGCUGAGUGAGUGCAGGAGGCAGAAGAAGAAGAUCCUUUUGACAAGUAUGUGUAUUGGAACUGGGCAGGGCAUGGCUGGGCUGUUUGUCAAUGAGCAGUUGUGA